AUGGCUGGUCAUCAAGUAAUCAAUUUCUCCUUUUGGAGCUUUCUUUUAGUUGUUGUGAUGGUAAUGUUUUUCACUAUAAAUGUUAGUUCUGUCGAACAAUCUAAAAUAAAAGGCAUGGAAAUGAAUGUGAUUGAUCAAUGUUGGAGAUUUAAUCCUGAAUGGAGGAAACAUCGACAACAACUUGCUAUGUGCUCAGUUGGCUAUGUAGGAAAAAUGACAAACAACAUAGGUAAAGACCUCGUUAAUUAUAAAGUUACUGAUCCUAGUGACCAUCCCUUAAAUCCACAACCUGGAACUUUGAGAUAUGGAGCUUCUAAGAUUCAAGGUAAAAUUUGGAUUACAUUCCAAAGGGACAUGAACAUUAGGCUUGAGAGACCCCUUCUCAUUAGUAGUUUCACUACCAUUGAUGGUCGAGGUGUCAAUGUCCACAUCGCUAACAAUGCAUGUUUGAUGAUCUAUAAGGCAACAAACAUAAUUAUCCACGGAAUUAGGGUUCAUCAUUGUCGACCUCAAGCUCCUGAAAUGGUGAUGGGUCCCAAUGGAAAGAUAAUGCCAUUGGGUCAAGUGGAUGGAGAUGCAAUUAGAUUGGUUUCUGCUUCAAAGGUUUGGAUUGAUCAUAACACACUUUAUGAUUGUCAAGAUGGUCUUCUUGAUGUUACAAGAGGUUCUACUGAUGUAACAAUCUCCAACAAUUGGUUUAGGGAGCAAAAUAAAGUUAUGCUUCUUGGACACGAUGAUGGAUUCGUAAGAGACAAAAACAUGAAAGUAACAGUAGUAUACAACUAUUUUGGGCCUAAUUGCAACCAACGUAUGCCUAGAAUUCGUCAUGGAUAUGCACACGUUGCAAACAAUAUGUACAUGGGAUGGGUGCAAUAUGCAAUUGGUGGAAGCAUGGGACCAAGCCUUAAAAGCCAAUCAAACCUCUUCAUAGCACCAACGGAGAAUAAGGAGGUGACAUGGAGAAAAAGUAGUAAUGCAAUUGGAGAUACAUGGAAAUUUUAUUCAAUUGGAGACGCUUUUGAAAAUGGUGCAUCCUUCAUAGAUACAAAAGGUGGACAAGUGAAAAAACCCAAUUAUAGCCUUGAACAAAAUUUUGAAGUUGUUGAUGUCAAAUUUGUGAGAUCAUUGACGAGCUCAUCGGGAGUGCUAAAAUGCGGUAAAACUUCAAUAUGUUAG